GCUGUGAAAAGUAGGCUAAACUCAGCGUUUGCUAAGUGUUAUACAACUUAUACAUAACAUAAAGCUACCAUUCUUGUUAAAUAAUAGAAGUAGGCUGGAAAGAGCCAACGCAUCAUGGACACACUUGAAGACUUCGAGAGUUUUUUGAAGAAUGUUGACCAAAUAAGUGAGCUAGUUAAGGAUCUAAAGUCCUCUGACGUUGCAAUCCAGCAAAAAGCAAUAGAGACAGCUGAUGGAUACAUUGCUGAGUUGGACGAGCCCUGCAGGACAACAGUCAACAAGACUACAAUCAACACAAACACACCAGGUCAGCCUUCCUUGGGUCUGCAGAAUGGAAGUCCAGACAAUUUCAUGAGGAUUAUGGAGAGAGAUGUUGAAGACAGGAGCUUACGGAGAAUUGCAAAAGCAAAUAAGGCACAUGCACUCAAAGACAAGGGGAACGAAGCUUACGCUCAAGAAGACUAUGAAACUGCUGUGAAGUAUUACAGUGAUGGCUUGGCUGAACUACGGGACAUUCAGCCAUUGUACACCAACAGAGCACAAGCGUACAUCAAGCUGGGGAAGUACAAGGAGGCCAUCAGUGACUGUGAAUGGGCCCUGAAGUGUAAUGAGGGGUGCAUUAAGGCUCACCUCCACAUGGGCAAAGCAUAUCUGGCAUUAAAGAAAUAUAAUGAGUCCAGAAAAUGCUUUGAAAAGAUGACGGAAAUUGAACCUGCGAGGGAGAAAAUGGUGAAAGAAUACCUGGACCAGGUUGAUUUGGAAGAGGAGAGACAGAGUCAGGAGAUAAAUGCAAUGCAAGAUUUUGCCAUGGGCGAGACGAAUGCCAUAAGAGUGCCCGUGCUGCUGGAGAAGUUGUCUCGGCCUGGCCAGCUUCCCAUGUUCUACUGUGGAGGAUUGGAGACUCUGUCACUAGCAGUUACUGACUGUACAGGCCAGACCCUUUUCAGACUGAACAAUGGCUUCAGUAUCAUUGGCAGCAAUGACACAGUGAGGAGUUGCCUUUUGCAGGAAACAAAGGAUCCAGGAUGCCAGGAGUUGUGUGUGUCUGCUCUGAAGUUAUGGAGGGUUAUCUGUUGUGGAAACAAUGAAAACCAGAAAAUGUUGAUAACGUGCCCAUUCAUCAGACGGUCCAUCGUUGACUUGGUAACAGCCGAGCAUGUUGCAGUGCGGGAAGAAUGCCUGGCAUUACUAAGUUUGUACUCACAGACGCCACAUGGCAGACGUUUGGUUAUUGACAACCUGAAUGGGCACAAGUUUGUGAGGAACCUCAUGGCGUGCAUCUUAAAGCCAACGAAGCAGCAGAACACAGCUGUCAAGAUUCUGGAGAACUUUGCGGCAGAAAACAAAUUUUGCCUUCAGUUAAGAGGCGUGUUGAAAGACUCUGUCAUUGUGCCAUUUACAACAUUACUGGCAAAUAUCAGCGAGUCCAAUCGGCAGGUCCUUCCAUCACUGAUAUCAGCUGUUGGCUGUCUUGCUCGAGAUGAUGUCAUUCGUCACAAUUUAGCCCAUGAUCCAGAAUGUUGGAAGGCUUUUGUGGUCGCCAUCAGGCAAUGCAGUGCGAGUGAUUACAAAGAAAUCCUUUACCCUAUGCUUGGGUUGAUCAUCAACCUUUCAACUAUCACCUCUCCAACCAUUAAGGAGCAUGCUGUCUCACUCUGCGACUGCACCUUGGGCCUGCUGAGGGAUAGUGACGGAGGAGUAAUAACUAGAGCCACGGGUGUGCUGAGCACUGUCCUCCCUCAGUCCCCUGAGGCCGUUCAGCAUGUUGUUCAGGGGGGUGUGGUCCGGCUCAUGCUCCCCCUGCUGAAGGGAACAGGGCAGACUGCCACUAAGUAUGCCAUUAAGACUCUGACUCUCUGCACUGCUGCCAGUCAGUCGGCCCGGGAGGAGCUGGUGCAAUCCGAUAAAAAACUGUCUGUUUUACGUCGUUUGCUGGCUUCCAGCUGUGAUGAGAUGGUGUCAGGAAAUGCAGCCUUGUGCUUGGCCCACCUCCUUGAGUUGGAGGGAAUUGCCAGCCGCCUGCUGGGCACUGAUACUGUGCGGCUGCUGCUGCGCCACGCAGCGGGGGACGCUAAGAGGACAGCUGUGCGGCAAAAUGCUGCCAUUGCUCUGGGGAAGUUGUGUCGAUUUGAGCCCAGACAUAUCCACAAACUUCGGGAACUUCACGGCCUCGAGAUCCUGCACUCCUGUAUGAAGGUCAUCCCAUGAACCCCAUAACACAUUUUUAUAAUAUCCUUGCUUUCAUCAGUCUUGUCCUUUUAUCUUAGUGUUAGGCUUACAUGACUAAUCUCUAAAAACACCAGGCCUGGUAGUCAUAAGAUUUGUUUUCUCUUCUUUAUAAUUCCUUAUCCAAACACUGAUCCUUAACUGCUAUUCCAAACAAUACCUAUCAUUUUUCAAAUAUGUUGUAUAUUUUCUCUCUCUUUUUAAAAUUCUGAUUCUAAUCGUUGUCUGAUUCUGAUUUCUUUGUAAAAAAAAAAAAAAAAAAAAUCAAAUAUACUUUCCCUUUUUUGUUUUUCAUGCCCAUUAAAAUGUAUAAUGUUUGACAGAAAACUAGUGUGUGCAAAUGAUGGAGUACAAUACUUGCUUGUACAGAAUAAACACCAUUUAUAAUAGAGUGUUUGUCCCUCUGCAAUGUCGGUGCCUGCCUUUGGUAUAUUUCCUUUUGAAUUUCAU